GGUUGCUUUCGUUUCGUCACCGAUCAACCAACCAACCAAAACCAAAACCCUAGCGCUGCGCAGCAAUGGAGGAGGACGGGUUCGCCGCCACCAAGCUCUUCAAUCGUGGCUACUCCUACACCUACGAUGACGUCAUCUUCCUCCCGCACUACAUCGACUUCUCCACCGAUGACGUCUCCCUCUCCACGAACUUCACGCGCCGCCUCCCUCUACUCUCCCCGGUCCUCUCCUCCCCUAUGGACACCGUCACCGAGGGCGCCAUGGCCGCCGCCAUGGCGUCUCUGGGCGGCAUCGGCAUCAUCCACUCAAACAUCUCCGCCGCCCUCCAGGCCUCCGUCGUCCGCUCCGUCAAGUCCCGCCGCGUCCCCAUCCUCUCCGACCCCACCUUCCGCUCCCCCUCCGACCGCAUUCACUCGCUCGACGACUUCGACUCCUGCCCCUACGUGCUUGUCACCCAGCGCGGCUCUCCCUCCUCCCAGCUCCUCGGCUACGUCUCCAGAUCCCACUGGCUACAGCUCGACGACCACAAGAAGGACGCCCCGAUCAACGCCUUCAUGACCGUUUCGAACGAUUUGGUGGUGCCGUGGGACUCUAGUCUGACUCAGAUGGACUCCUACUUUCAGGAGAAGAAAGAGAGCGACCUUGCAGUGCUGGUGAAGGAUGAGGAGGCGGUGGACGUGGUGACAAGGGAGGAUGUGGAUAGGGUGAAGGGGUGUCCGAGGUUGGGGGCGGGGACGGUGGGGCCUGACGGAGCGUGGAGAGUCGGGGCGGCCAUGGGGACGAGGGAGAGCGACAAGGAGAGGCUGGAGCAUUUGGUGAAGGCCGGCGUGGAUGUUGUGGUAUUGGACAGCUCUCAAGGGAACUCCAUCUAUCAGCUUGAGAUGAUAAAGUAUGUCAAAAGGGUUUAUCCGGACCUGGAUGUGGUGGGUGGGAAUGUGGUCACGGUGGCGCAGGCCCAGAAUUUGAUUCAAGCCGGGGUCGACGGGUUGCGGGUUGGGAUGGGGUCCGGCUCUAUUUGUACUACGCAGGAGGUUUGCGCGGUUGGGCGUGGGCAGGCGACUGCUGUUUACAAGGUUGCCUCUAUUGCUUCACAAAGCAAUGUGCCUGUCAUUGCUGAUGGUGGCAUUUCAAAUUCUGGACACAUUGUCAAGGCUUUGGUCCUGGGAGCAUCUACUGUAAUGAUGGGAGGCUUCUUAGCUGGAAGCACUGAGGCUCCUGGUGCUUAUGAGUAUCAGAAUGGUCACCGGGUCAAAAAGUAUCGAGGUAUGGGCUCCCUAGAAGCUAUGACUAAAGGGAGUGAUGCAAGAUAUUUGGGUGACACAGCUAAGCUAAAAAUUGCUCAGGGGGUUGUUGGAGCCGUUUCAGAUAAAGGUUCUGUUCUGAAGUUUAUACCUUACACAUUGCAAGCAGUCAAGCAAGGGUUUCAAGAUCUUGGUGCCUCCUCUCUGCAGACUGCUCACGACCUCUUAAGAAGAGGGGUAUUAAGGCUAGAGGUUCGGACAGGAGCAGCACAAAUUGAAGGCAGUGUCCAUGGCCUCGUUUCUUAUGAAAAGAAACCAUUUUGAUAUUAGAAUCCUUUCUACAGAUGCUAAUGCCCUUGUCCCCGUUUUUAUUUUUGGCUGGAAGUAGUCUUUGUGGUUCAUUAUGCAGAGUAGAGUUUCUACUUUUUAGCAUGAGCCACAUUCAAGCUAAACCAUGCACGUUCAUCUUCUAAGCUGAUUGGUUUUGAGGAAUCUGUAUGUGGAGGCCAUUUGUUUGCCGCGUGGCUGAGAGAGACGAAAGAAAUAUAAUACUGUACUUUGCACUCUUUAAUGAAGUUUCCAAAAAUAAAAGUUUACUCCAAAGAUAUUUCAGUCA